CACGAGUUUCCGCAGUCAUUCUGGAAAGGCGUUCGCGAAGGAACAUGGUGGGCAGUGGUUACCAUGACGACUGUUGGAUAUGGGGACAAGUCGCCCAAGUCUUUAUUAGCUCGCGUCUAUGCUGCGGUCUGGAUGGUAAUCGGUGUGAUACUUCUCUCCAUAUUCACUGCUGAAGUUUCCUCCAUGUUGACAGCAACUCAUACAAAACCACACCAUUCUGCCCUGAAUCAAUCGAUCGGAGUCCCUAAUGGCAGCAAGCAAUACUUUCAGGAGGAGCUUAGAGGCGCAAAACUAAUUGAGAUGAAUUCCUUGAAAGACCUAAGGAAUCACUUAGCGAUUGAACAUAGAAAAAGAAGAGUUGUAUAUUACAGCUGCAUGUCGGAAAGUAAGGGCGCCGACCGUGAUAAGCAGAUUGUGAGGGCUCUGAAGCACCACCUAAUUGGGACUGAAAUGAAGGUAAAACACGCGUGCCUUUCCCAUGCCGACGUAACAGUUCAUUCCCUGGUGAAGUGUGUUAGGAAAGAGAUUGGGAAAUUCAUUGAAAAUUGUGAUCCAUUUAUUACUGAAAAAGCCAAUGAUUCGGAAGAGAAUUGCAAUAUCAAGAUGGAUCAUUAUGGAGAGAUAAACGACUUUGAAAUCGACGACCCGACAGCCAUCAUCAUUUAUGCUUCCGUGGGACUAGUAGCAGUGAUGCUUUUUGCUGGCAGUGUAUGGGAUUUGACGAGGCCCCAUGAUCAAAGGGAAAAGGAAGAAGGUACAGGUAGGACGUCUAAAACCUCUGGGGGCUCGUUCAUGCUUACACAUGGGGGCUCGUUCGUGUUUACACAUGGGACAGCAAGAGCUGGUGGGGAAUCACACGUCAAAGUUGGCUUCGAAACAGCCGAGGACCCAAUAGAGAUAUGUGAAACUAGAGGAGAAGAAAAUAAUGGGCGUUGAAAUUAAAAGUUGUUAUUACCUAACUACGAGGAGUAGAGUAAAACUAACGCUUGAAUAGAGCACAGUACAAAUAUCCAGCGAUAUUGUGCAUUCAGUUAUUUUGUUUAACCACUUUGCUUUCCCGCCACAUUAGAAAUGAGCAGAGACACUUGGCAGAAAAAAAAAACAAAAAUUGGACAAUAAAUAAUUUAUCCGACGUUUUGGUGUGUGGUAUUGCUUCGUAUAUUUACCCGUGGUUGGUCUUUUGACUUUCCCUAAGUCUCGUCAAAAUACGGCACAACUUGCAUUGUAAAAAUACUCCGCGAUAUUAUACACCAAAACGUCUAAUAAGAUAUAUAUAUAUAUAUAUAUAUAUAUACAUAUAUAGAAAG